ACCUCCUACCGCAACACAGGACGCCACAACUUCCAGCAACGGCGCGGUUGCUCUUGAAUCAGGCUGAAAAAUGAUGGGUUCACGAGGUACCAGUGUUGUGCUCUCAAGAGCUGCUCGGAUGAGGCAAAAGCUGCAGUCUGCUUUGGAGGCCAGUGCACUAGAUAUUGAAGAUGUUUCUUACCAACAUGCUGGGCAUGCAGCUGUGAAGGACAAUGCAAAUGAGACGCAUUUUAACAUCAAGGUAAUUUCACCCAAGUUUGAAGGGCAGAACCUUGUGAAGCGUCAUAGGAUGGUGUACGAUCUCUUGACCGAUGAGUUGAACUCGGGUCUUCAUGCUAUCUCCAUUGUUGCGAAAACUCCAACAGAGUCGGGAUCAUGAAUGUAAUUUUUUUUGACUUGAUUAAUGUUUGUUCCAGAAUAAGUUGAUUGCAGCAAUAGCAUGUAGCCCCGAAUCGGUUGGUAAAACAAUGUUAUGGCAUGCAUAUUUCUUCAUGAUAAAGACAUAUUGUUGCCUUGGUUGAAGCGUGAA